AUGAGAGAAAUUGGAAUGUCAAUCCCUGAUUUCUUCACAUGCCCAAUUAGUCUAGAUUUGUUCAGUGAUCCUGUGACUCUUUGCACAGGACAAACUUAUGAUAGGCCAUCUAUUGAGAAAUGGCUUACUGCUGGUAAUUUCACAUGCCCAGUUACAAUGCUCAAACUUCAUGAUGUUUCAAUGGUUCCUAAUCAUACUUUGAGGCAUUUGAUUGAUCAAUGGGUUCUCAAUUGUAAUACCCAUCAAUUUCAUGAUGAAAAAGAUGAUUUUUGCAAAGUGGGUUCUUCUAAAGUUGUAUUUUUUUCUUCAUUAAAGCAUGUUCUUGAAUCUCAGGAAACAACUUUGGAGCAGAAAUUACAGGUUUUAGAGCAAGUUAAUUUCUUGUCAGAGGAUUUUGCAUUGAAGAAUGAGGGUUUAAUUCAGAUGGGUUUCUUCUCAUUGAUUUUGGGGUUGAUUUUUGGAGAAAAAAUAAUCAGCCAAGAAAUGAUGGGAUUAGUGGAGAAAUUACUUGAUUGUGCCCUAAAAAUGAUGUCAUUUUCUUACUUGGGAGACUUGAAUAUGUUAAUGGAAGAAGCCAAGUUUGAAAAUUUCAAAGUUUUAAUCCAACAAGGAAGUUAUAUGGUCAAGAUAAGUUUGUGCAACAUAAUAGAGGUAGUUUCCCUUCAAUCAUCCUUGGCAACAAAAGAGUUAGCUACCAAAAUUGGAAAUGACAAUACAAUGCUCCAAAUUCUAAUUGGUUAUAUUGAUGAUCAUAAACAACAUUCAGAGCUCUCAGAGGCAGGGAUUAAGGCCAUCUUAAGCUUAUUAUCAUCAUCACAGGAAGCGCGGCGAGGCGAAAAUCUGGUGAAACAAGGGUUGGUUCAUACAUUAGUGACAUACAUUAUGGAAGUAGAGAGGAAGAAAGACAAUAUGGAGUUGGGACCAAAAGCAACAAGAGCAUUAGAGUUAGUAUUAAAGUUGGAAAGUGGGAAAGAAGCAUUUUUGGUUAAAGAGGUACCAAAUGGAGUUAAGGCACUAAUUAAGAUGGUGUUUAGAGUAUCAGGAGAUGAUGAAGGUAGUGAAAGUGCAGUAAAUUGUUUGAUGAUAUUGUGUUGUGAAUCAUUGGAGGUAAGAGAAGAAGCAAUAUGUGCUGGAAUUUUGACACAAUUGUUGUUGUUGCUGCAAAGUCAGUGUAGUGGGAGGGCCAAGACAAGGGCCAGGAUGCUGCUAAAGCUGCUUAGAUCCAUGUGGUCUAAGGACCCAAAACAUGUGUAG